UCUUGAAAUAAGGUUUUAAGAAACCAAGUAAUGAAUAGUCUGGAAAUUGUUACCAUUUCCACUCAGAAUAUCCCAGACUCACAAGAUUUCCAAAAUGAUGAUGAGAAACGUUGUUGCAAUAUCACACUAGACUCUAGUUUGAGUGCUUUGACCAAAGACUUGCCUAUUUGCUUUAGAAUAUGGGACUUUUUUCAGCUUCCGAAGAAAAUGGCCUUGUUUCGAAAGCAGCAAAUCAAUGCAAAGUAGAAGGGUGUUGAUCAAGUCAAAAACUCUUUUUUUAAGGAUUCAAUAACUUUUGGAUGCAGCUUUUUUGCUGAUUAACUCGGAGUCUCUGAUUUGUUGUUCUGUGUCCAGCUAGUAGAUAUGAUCUCAUUUGUAUGCUCAAGUGAGAAAAGCAAAAAGAAGCAAAGCGUAACUUUUAUUCUAAAGUGUUUUGCCUUGAAGAACAUAGAGUCGAGAAACAUUUCCUAAGACUUACUAUGGUAUAGAGAAAGAUAUUUUUUUGUCAUUCCAAAGUAUUUUGAUAUUCCCCACCUAGGUUUUGCAGCUGCUUAUGAAACUCGCGUCUUAUUGCAUAUACUUAUAGUAUAAAAUAAGAAGAAUAGAAGUGAUAUUUCCGAUCAUAAAAAAAACUUAGUUCAUAAAAUAAGAUAAAGUUUAUACUGGCUCCUCUUUCAUUCCUUUCAUAGGCUCCUGUCCAUCUGCUUGACCUCAAUAAAGUCACUCGAUGAUUUAAAGUAACUUAAAAAACCAACCAUUUAUCAAGUUCUCGUAUAGAUAUACGCAAUCUAUCGUCAACAUCAACGACAAUCUACUUGUAUGCAAAGAGAGACUUGUGUACUUAAUUUUCACGUUUACUUGUGUUUCGUUGUGCAGGAUUCAGGUUUCGUAAUAUUAAAUCAACUCGAGAUAAC